AUGAUCUCAUUUGGGUGGCUAGUUGUCCUGGUCACUGAAUUUACUCAUGUAGCUUAUGCCAAUUGGAUUACUGGUAAUCUAUGCUGGUCGAUGCCCUGUCUGAACGGCGGUUCGUGUUUUGGAUCAGCAUAUACGUAUCUUUGUGUCUGUCCUGUCAAUUACAGUGGAGCUUUGUGUGAAAGACGUCUUGGUAUUUGUCAAGAAAGUCCCUGUGGUAAUCGAGGUCUAUGCGUUGAAACUGGUUUAACUUCAUUUGAAUGUCGAUGCUAUUUUGAUUACAUGGGCCCAUUGUGUGAAGAACAUGUACCUAAGAAAAAUCCUUCCGUAUGGUCAUCACUUAUACCUGUACAUACACGAGUUCUAUUCGAUAUUUUACAAGACGCAUAUCGUGCUAAAGCUCAUGGUCGAUCCACCAUAAAUUCACGUGAUGAUUUCAUUAACUUUUCCGAAUUCUUACCUACAGGUGAUAGAACAUUCGUACCUAUAACAACAUCUCCAACAUCAACUGGAUUGACUUCUCUGAAUCCUCCAAGUGACACAACCGAAAAUGGACAUACCAUUCAAGCUACCGAUAUUCAAUUACAAAACAUAUUUCCAGCAGUGAGUACUGCAUCAAUAUCAAAUAUGACCAUACAAAUUUUGUCGACACAAGAAAAUAUUUCUAAUGAUGAAUACAUCUCAUCGACGUCCUAUGAAACGGACACCACUGAUUCAUCAACAACAUUUGCAGAAGAACUCACUUCAAUAACUAGUUCAUCUGAAACUACGAUGGAAAAUCUCACCACAAUUUCCUUCGAAGCAAAUGAAACGAUAUCCUCAAAUAGCACAGAAGCACAAGAAUUCGUCAAUACCACUGAACAAUCUGCUGUCAUACAGAACAAUUCAACAUAUUUAGGUCAAUCAAGUUACAACAGUGAAAAAAAUACUAUCAGUUUUACAUCAGAAACUGUUUUCAAUUCAACCGAACAAGCCAUCAUUUUUACUGUUAAUGAAAACGAAGAAUCAAUCCUGGACACAACUCCACAAAUAAUGGGCAAGAUUUCAUUUCAAGCAAGCAAUUACUCAUCGGAUGACAACGAUACUGAUCUAUUCAAUACAACCGAACAAACAAUCGCAUCAACCAUGGGGACAGCUGAUCAAUCCCACACAACAGAUGAGUCGUCUCAUAGUCAGUUACUUUACAAAUUAUGUCAACAACUACUUUCGCAUAUUUUACCAAAUAUAUCAUCGACCACGGCUGUCGAAGCAGCUCUGUCUUUAACCGCAGAAUUACCAUCAACUAAAAACAAUACAGCUGAAACACUUCUUACAUGGAUUCAACAAAAGUUUUCUUCAACAACAACAACCACCACUACGACUACCAUCAGCACAACAACAACAACAACAACAACAGAAAUUCCGUCGUCAUCAUUAUCAUUAUCUGCUGUGUUAACAAAUGGAAGAAAACUUUCAUUGCAACGAGUUGAUAUAGACGAUGUGCUUUAUCAAAUCAAUGAUAACACUGAUGAUGCAAUUUUUAAAUUCAUUUUCCAUAGAAUUAUUUUAUUGCUUUCAACUUCCGCAUUCGCUCACCCUCCUUCUACCUAUGAGAACUCUUUUCCAUAUGAAAUUUCCUCAGAAACUGAUCCACAAGGGCAGAUAAGCGUUCCUAUCCCACCGGGAGGUAUCAACAAGUGGCUCCAACAGCUUAUAGCAACGAUGGGUUCAGUAUCGGAUGAGCGUAUGCGACGUGGUUGGGGUAGUGGUCGUCGUCGUCGGUUCGCCAGCAGAAACCAUGAAUAA